CAGGUGCAUGCAAAGGACGAAAAUGUGGAGGUUACAUUUAGUCUUGUGGCAAACAUAUGAAUGUAUAUACACAAAACCUUCCAAGAAAGUGGACAAGUUACAGGAUAAACAGCUGGCCAAUUUAAAGUGUGAUGACCAUGUGCAUAUUAGUACGAUUUCAUCGGUUCCGCAAAAAUGUCGCCAGCUAUGGCAGACAAUGAAUUUACAGCACUCGUGUUUGUCGUAUACCUCAACAGCCUCUUAUUGGUAGGGCGUAAGGCUGCGUUCUCCGUAAACAACAUACCUUCAGCCUACCGCGGGACUACUCACUGCACUGGGACAGUCCCUACGGAUAUCUACUUGUCCACGUCUCAGCUGAUCCAGAAGUAUGGUUACCCAGUAGAGAAGCAUACUGUGCAAACAGAGGAUGGUUAUCAACUAACACACUUCCGUAUUCCCCAUGGACGAUCUGGUCCUACUGCAAGAGUGAGACGUCCUGUCAUCCUCCAACAUGGAAUACUUAGUGCCUCUGAUCUCUGGAUCCUUAUGGGACAAGAGCAAUCCCUAGGAUUCAUUCUGGCAGAUGCUGGCUAUGAUGUCUGGUUGACAAAUAUCCGAGGUAACAGACACUCACGGAAACAUGUGACCUUACUGCCUCGCAAUGCCAAAUUUUGGAAUUUCAGCUGGCAUGAAAUGGGAUACUAUGAUAUUCCAGCUACAGUUGACCAUAUCAUGGCUACCACUGGAGAGAAAGUAUACUAUAUUGGUCACUCAAUGGGCACCACCAUGCUGUUUGUGAUGACUUCUAACCGACCUGAAUACAAUCAGAAGAUAAGGCUAGCAAUUUCUCUUGCACCUGUAGCUUUCCUCUGGAAACCAAGCCAUCCACUUUUAAAAGCCAUCAUUCCAGCCAGCAAGCAGAUAACAAAUGCAUUGGAUAAAGCAGGAAUAUGGGAGUUAUUUCCAUACAAUAGGAAAUUUGCAGAUCUGGCAGGAACACUCUGUCAUGAUGGAACUCCAACACAACACCUUUGUGUUCUUGCCUAUUUCUUGGCCUAUGGAGAUGACAGUGAGAGGCUGAAUAAGACUCUGCUGCCUGUUUACUUAUCCCACCUUAUUGCUGGAACUUCUAAAAAAACUGUGGAACACUAUGCACAAAUUAUAAGAUCAGGUAAAUUCCAGGAAUUUGAUUAUGGACCCGUGAAGAACAUGGAAUACUAUGGACAAUCUGAACCUCCAGACUACAAUUUGAAGAACAUAAGUGCACCCAUGUCACUGCAUUAUGGUACAGGAGACUUAAUUGUCAGUCUAGAGGGUAUUCAGCAUCUGUCUGAUGAGCUGCCUCAUCUGGUGGCCUUGAGCCGAGUUCAACCUCCCAGUUUCAACCACAUAGAUUUUUUAUUGGCAAGUGAUGCCAAGUCUCUUCUUUAUGAUCAUAUUCUGAACCUCAUGACUGUUUACUGAUAAUUAACAAAAUUAUUGGAGCUAAAUAGUUAGGAUGAAAGUGAAUGACCUUGAAAAGAAAAACAUUUAUUUCGUUAUAAGUUAUUUAGUAUAUUGAGAGUUCAUGCCAUAAUGCAGCCUGCUCUAGCCCUGUUUAGUUAGCUGGACCUCAUUUUUCUGAAACUCUCAGUAUAUGUUCCCCUUUGUGGCUUAUAUUUCCAGAUGUUUUUAAGAGAUUUCUUCACCUACCAUUCUCUCCAAAUAUCUAUGAGAGUAAUUUCUUUUUGUCACUUACAUAAGUCCUUUGUAGUGCCUCUGUGAUCUAGUGGUCAGAGUUCUUGGCUACAGAUCCAGAGGUCCCGGGUUCAAUUCCCAGCGCUACCAGA